AUGCUCCAUGAUCAUGAGGGUUUUGUUCGCCUCCCCAACGAGCGUCUGAUCUAUUCCUCGCCUCCCCGCACUAGCCUGGCGCUGACGCCGCCACCGGCCUACAAGGGCAAAGAGACCUUGUCGCUGCAGAGCAGCGCAGGCGGUAUCCACCUCACCAACCAAAGAGUGGUCUAUCUCCCGGCUCAGAGAUCCGAUGGAUUUCAAUCCUUUUCUUCACCCUUACUCAGCGUCCGCGACUCUCAUGUCUCCGCCCCAUUCUUCGGCCCCAAUGUCUGGUCCGCCCUCGUGCAGCCCGUCGCCGGCGGUGGCAUCUCGCCGUCCUUACCCGCGAUCCAAAUCAAGGUGACCUUCAAAGAAGGCGGUGCCUUCGACUUCCACACCAAUUUUGAGCGAAUAAGGGAGCGCUUAGAGCAGGCCGUGGAGAACAUAAGUGACGGGGCACAAGGAGUGCGAGGCGUGGACCUCUCGGCGGUGCAUCUAGAGGAGCUGCCUGCAUAUGAUGGCCCCGGAAAUGCAGGUCCUAGGACGGUUGUGAGCGAUGCUCCGGUAGCACCACCACACAACCGGCAAGUGUCGGAGAGAGGGCCUGAACCGGUGGAGCCACCGCCUCGUUAUGAGGAGGUGCAGUCGCAAAGUGUAGCCGACGAGUUGGAGGAGAGGUUACGGCGGGCCAGUUGA